AUGCACUCUCGACAUGGCCUGAUCACUUGCAGUCGCUUGGGCAGAUAUUCUUUCCAUCUCUCAACUAGACGCUACCUGUCACAAAAUGUGACCCCUCCACUUGUCGAGACCGCCGACUCUCAUCGUGGUACCUUUAUACCAUCACCCUUGGACGACUCUUCGACAUUGAAGAAGAAGAAGCCCUCGAAGAAGUCAAAGGCUGAAGCAGCGCUUGGAGUCGCAGAGCUGUCUUCUGCUGCAGAUGCCGACGCGCCAUUGGUCAAGAGACGUGGUCGGCCAUCAAAGGCUGUCGAUAUUCCUGAAGCAGACACCACCGAGACCACCGACGCGACUGAAACACCACCAAAGAAGCGCACUCGCAAACCCAAGACGACAAAGGAUCAGACAGCCAUUGCACACGGCAGUCUACACCACAACACUCUCGUCGAAUUCCUCGAUUACGCAACAGCUGUGAAUCUCUCUCCGACCAGCACAGUCUACCGCGGCACCCACUAUGAAUACACCGUAGCAAACUCCCUCACACGCCUCGCCUUCACCUUGACUCGCGUGGGCCGGACUAGCGAUCUCGGCAUCGACCUCCUCGGCAGCUGGGCCAUACCCUCUCGCCCUGCACCUCUAAACAUCUUGAUCCAAUGUAAAGCCGAGACACCCAAGCCCAGCAUGGUCAGAGAACUCGAGGGCGCCGUCGUAGGUGCACCUAUGAGGUAUAGAGGAGAAGGUACAAUAGCAAUCUUGGCUGCUGCCAAAGAGGCGACCAAAGGCGUGAGGGAUGCUGUGGGCAGGAGCCGCUUACCCAUGGCCUAUCUCAACAUCACCACAGAGGGUAGCGUGAGGCAGUUUGUUUGGAAUCAGGCUGCUGUCGAGUGUGCUCUGGAGAGUGUGGGUGUCACUCUUAGGUAUUUGGCCAACGGCGAGUCCGAGGUUGCUCUGACCUGGAAAGGCUUACCUUGGUCUUCGUCAAAAUCAUCAUCUCUGGAAUGA